CUGCGGGCGCGGAGCCCGAACGUCUGCUCGCUGCGCUGCUCGACCUCGCCACCCUCACGCGAUUGUUGGGACGACUUGCUCCCGCGCUUCUUGCCGAAGCGGAAGGUGGUCGUGGCGCGGCUGCGGGCGCGGCGCUGCUGGAACGUGCGGCGGCCGCGCUGGCCGGAGCCGCACUGACGCGCCCGCACCGCGCGCACUCGCAUACGCACGCACACGCCCACGCCUUCGUACAAGUGCACGCAGAAAUGUUUGCAUGUAUGGGCGCGUGGUGUUGCUACGCCACGGAUUGCAAUGUGCCGAUACAAACUAUGGAAGGCCUUUUCAACUCUGCAGUGCCGUUUUUAAUACCACAUGAAAUGGCUGAGCCUCCCCUGCUUUGUCACGCAGCCGCACAUCUGUUGCUGAGUCUCUCAAAGAAUGUAAAGUUCACCAAUGAUCCCAUACUACUGGUGGGUGACUUAUAUAACCACGCUCAACGCUCACUGCAUUACUUGGAACCGAAGACAGCGGGCGUGGUGCGCGAGGCGCUGCUGUCGUUGUCUCUGUCUCGUGGUGUGGCGGGCG